UUCGAAACAAAACUUUUUGAAACAUGUUUGGCAGUAUAUUUGCAACAUAACCGUUUUAAAGCUGGAUAAGAUCGUAUAAAUUGUUAAGGUUUUACACUAAGUCAUAUCUUAGCUUCAUCUGUAAUAGUGAUAAAGAUAAACUGUUUGUCAUAAAGUAUUACUAAUAUAUUGUUUUACUUAAUGAAAUAAUUUUAUCUGAUUGUAAUAACUACCGACGACUUUAUGUCAUUUUGCCAUUGUGGACAAUUAGCUAGCACAUAGACUUUAAAACAGUGUCGAUGGAAAAUAGUCUGAUUUGAAAAAGUCAUUCGAAAACCUGUGAAACAAUAACAAAAAGAAUUAUAUUGAAUAUGGUAGUGCUCGUGUAGACGAUAUAUUGCGACUGCAUUAUGGGUCAACAAGUAAGCGUAGAAACGUUUACAUCUACAACAGAUCCAGAUGGAAACAAAUACUGGACGAGUUUUGAUCCGUACCCUUUCAAAGUUGGAAGCAAGAAACUUGUGUACAUGGGUAUUCUAAACGGUGAUGGACCACUAAAAGGCCAGAAAUGUGUAGUGAAAACCGUGCGGAACGGGGCAAUAAGUCGAAACGAUUGGAUGCUGGAAUCUAAUCGAUCAAAGGCAGCGAGGGAUCUUGCAAUUUCCUAUAAUAAAGUUACUACUCGCGGUCAGAAAAAGAUAACCUUUAACUGUCCAAUAAUGGCUGAAAUAGACACGAUGUCCGACUGUCUGUGUAUCAACGACAUUCUCGGGAAGCCUAAAAAGAAAUGGAAAGAUUCUGAGUUUGUGUCAAUAGAGUUAUACUUACGUGGACAUUUUGAGGAAUUUGAGUUCGGAUGGGUUCCGCGUGAAGAACUAGUUGAUGCGGAAGCGUUCUCUCACUUCACCUGGUGUCAAAGUGAGGGAAGAAUAUUGGUUUCAAAUCUGCAAGGGAUAAAGACUUCAAAUGCUUAUCAUUUUACUGGUCCAGUUAUUCAUUCCGAAGAUAUGGUGUACGGGAGUUCAGAUUCCGGCCAAAGAGGUAUUAAAGAGUUCUUUAAGCUGCACCAGUGUAAUCGAAUUUGUAAAAACUGGCCAAGACUGGGUGAUGGUGUUGAUUUAAGAGGUUGGGGCGAAUAUAUUGUUAUGGGAGAAAGGUACCCGUCGGCUCCACCUCUUCCCCCAUCGCCUUCAUUUGCACCGCCCCCGUACACGGUCAAUGACAGAAAGCCACACCUUUCACAGAUUCCCGAAGAAUCGGAGGAAGACGAAAACCAGGUGCUAACAAAUUCACUUCAUCAUCAUCAUGAUGGUUCCCAGCAUAUCACGAGACCACAGUUUCAACAAGCCGGUUACCAACAACAACGCAACAACACUCAAUGGCAAACUGAAAAUGGAUACGAGUUUUGUUUGGACUGGCGAGAAGAAGUUAUCAAGCAGAGUAUGAACUUUAACCCAUAUUAUAACAGUGAUGAUCCCGUUCUUAGGGAUGAGAUGUUUGGUAAGCAGUUAUUAUGGAUCGUUAAACAAAUGAGGUACGCAGUAUAUGCAUCCACCCCGGCGCCGCCGCCAUAUUUCACAAAUACACAAGGACGGGAAAUUACGCAAAGUGAUUACAUUCACGAGACAAACGCACGUGAAAAGAAACAUUUCAUUGGACAAGAUCAGGAUGAGCAGUAUAUGCUGCCUCCUCCGUACGAAGAUGAAAUUGUUGAUCCAAAGUUGGAAUGCGUCACAUAUCUGUAAAAUACGGAUAGUUAUAAAAAAAUAAAUAUGCUGUGAUAUUUGCAGCGAAAUUACUGACGUUGUACUAAAAUCAAGUGUUUUGCUGAAGUGCUAAAAAUAUGACAAUGUUUUUUAUUUCAUACCGGCUGGUUCCUGAUGAAAAUGUAAAUAUUGUUUAGUUAUGCCACCUUUUGGUGAUUACUGACUUUUAUUUAGACUUGUGUUGAAUUCUCGGCGAAUUUUUUGGAUGUGACUCAAAACGAACUAGUAUAUUAUGUAAAGUUCAUACAUAGAAUCCCACGCUUUAAGUGCGAAAAUGUCCAAGCUAAACUUUGGCAGAUUAUGUAUACAUAUCCUGGAAUAGUGUCAAUAGUCAUACAGGGUUUAAACAUGUGUGUUACCAAAAUUAUGUAUCGAUUUCAAACUUUUCUAUAUACAUUUUUUGAUCACUUUGCAUAAGUUUCAUAUGGUAUACGUCAUAUAAAAACUGUUGUUGUGUUGUUUUUGUUGCUGUUUUCACAUUAUUAUUGCAAUGUUUGGUUGACUUUCAUUCGUUUUACUAAUAAAACAAAUAUACAAAUGUAA